AUGGUUCGAGGAGGGCAUUCUGGUCAGUCAGGGUCCUCUCAUCAGAGUGGGUCUCGUAGGGGCUGUUUUGAGUGUGGUGAUAUAGGACACUUUGUGAGAGACUACCCUAGGACCAGACGUGGUGGCUUACAUCAGGGUUCUCAGGCUUCGACUUCCAGGGAUGCACAACCUCCAGCUAGGGGUGGUGCACAGAAUGGUAGAGGUGGUCCUCAUUCAGGUAGAUGUGGUUCUCCUUCUGGUCGAGGUAGUGGUCAUGAAGGUUCACAAUCUGAUGGAGGUCGUUCUCACUAUUAUGCUUUUCCAGGUAGGCCAGAGUCUAAGGCUUCAGAUGCUGUUAUCACAGAUAUAUUAUGUGAGUUUCUUGAUUUGUCGAUACGUGUUUCUACUCCUGUCGGGGAUUCUGUAGUUGUAGAUUGGAUGUAUCGAUUAUGUACAGUUACGUUGAUGGGGUAUGACACUCACGCAGAUUUAAAGGUCUUAGAUAUGAUAGAUUUUUAUGUGAUUCUCGGUGUGGAUUGGUUAUCUUCUUACCAUGCAAUUUUAAAUUGUCAUGCCAAGACAAUCACUUUAGCUAUGCCUGGAAUUCCUUUAGUAGAAUGGAGAGGUUCUCUUAGUCACCCUUCUAAGGGUGUGAUAUCAUUUCUUAAGGCUUGUCAGUUGGUACAGAGAGGAUGUUUGGCUUACUUGGCCCACAUUCGAGAUACUAGUACUGAGACUCCUAUGCUUGAGUCUAUUCCAGUAGUGAGUGAAUUUUCAAAAGUAUUUCCAAUCGAUUUGGCAGGUCUUCCACCAGAUCGUGAUAUUAAUUUUUGUAUUGAUCUGGAGCCAGGCACUCGGCCUAUUUCCAUUCCUCCUUAUCUUUUCUCCAAGAUUGAUUUGAGAUCUGCUAUCAUCAGCAGAAGGUUAGGGCGGAGGAUAUCCCUAAGACAGGUUUUUCGAACACGUUAUGGCCAUUACGAGUUUUUGGUGAUGUAUUUUGGAUUGACUAAUGCCCCUGCAGUUUUUAUGGACUUGAUGAAUGGAGUUUUCAGUCCGUAUUUGGAUUCCUUUGUUAUUGUCUUCAUAGAUGAUAUAUUGAUAUACUCACGCACUAAGGAGGAACAUGAACAUCAUUUGAGGAUCGUGCUUGGGAUUCUAAAGGAGAAGAAGCUUUAUGCAAAGUUUUCAAAGUGUGAGUUCUGGCUUAGUUCGGUAUCAUUCUUAGGACAUGUAGUGUCCAAGGAGGGUAUCAUGGUAGAUCCUAAGAAGAUUGAGGCAAUUAGAGGUUGGGUCAGACCUACAUUAGUUACUGAGAUUCGGAGUUUCUUAGGCCUUGCAGGUUAUUAUCGACGAUUCGUUGAGGGUUUCUCAUCCAUUGCAUCUCGAUUAACUACAUUGACACAGAAGGAGGUGACUUUUCAGUGGUCUGAGGAGUGUGAGAUUGGUAUUGGUUGUGUAUUAAUGCAGAAGGGAAAAGUUAUAGUUUAUGCUUCGAGACAGUUGAAGGUGUUCACAGAUCAUCGUCGCCUCCAAUAUAUAUUCAAUCAGAGAGAUCUGAAUUUGAGGCAGCGGAGAUGGUUGGAAUUGCUCAAGGACUACGACAUGACUAUUCUUUAUCAUCCAGGCAAGGAAAAUGUUGCAGCAGAUGCCUUGAGUCGAAAUGCGAUUCGGGCUCAACAGUUUGAUGAUGGUAAUUUACGUAAGAUUAGAGACAAGGUGUUAAAAGGAGAAGCCAAGGAUGCAUCUUGA